AGGGAGAGCAGGGAGGCCAGGGAGCCCGACGUGCAGUCCGGCCUGUGGCGCAUGCUGGACUGCUACGACGAGUUCGUCUGCUCGCCGCCGGGGUUCCACGCGUUCAGACAGGAAAAGCCCCAUUGGCUGGACCAGGAGCCCAUCCCCUGGUCGGUGCGCGAGGCUGCUCGGGAGAAAUGCAACCGCUGGCUGCAAACGUGUCCACUGUCCGCCGCGGCGCGCGCCAGGGAGAUGUCGGCGCGUCGCGACACCCUGGACACCGACCCGCGCAGGCGGUCCAUGGUGGAGCCGCCGCCGCCGCGGUCGCUGACGUCCACCCCCGCCCUGGCCGACCACGUCCCCGCCAUCACGGCCGUGCGCAAGCUCAAGCAGCUCAAGAAGUAGCCGCGCAGCACCGCGCAGCAGCACGCAGCAGCACGCCGUCAGAGCACGGAGAACGGCGUGGUCAAAGUCAGGUCAAAUUGGGCCAUGUGGUCUGUUGACAUUAUUUUGAUUGUUCUGUUCUCCCUAUAGGUUCUACGGCAGUCCCAAAUUUCGUGUCAAGAAGAAAACGAAAAUAAAUUUAAAAUAGAGCGUUAAAAGUACAAAUAGAUCGGCUGAUGACCUGCGUAUCUCGAGGCGCAGAUUUCUAGGAAUAACAAAUCAAAAUGGCAUAGAAUAUUUUUGAAGUAAUUUAUUUUGUAUCAUUAUAAUAAAGGAUUGCUCAUCAUC